AACCAAAAAUUGAGAAGAAAUAGUGGACAUGGGUACCCUGUGGUACAGUAGAAAAGCGAUAGAUUCCAGACUCCCCUCAACAUGGCAUCCAGUAACAGAAAAGUACCGAAAACUUUACCUGGAUUCCCUGGGUCUAAAGAUGUCCAUUGGAAGUAGAAAGAUACAUCAUUGUCAAGUUCAAAAGUAGGGAUUCAGUAGUCUCUCCUACGGAGUUGCCUGCCCUCUUUCAUAAGAUUGGCUUGAGCUCAGUAAAUGAUGAAUUGUGUGAUCAUCAGAACAACUUCGUAGGAGACUAAGAAUUCAAGAAUGGAGGUACACAAUCCUGAAGAAGGAGGAGGUACCAAUAUGUAAAAGACCAUGCCAUGCACUCAGCCGGAGCCAGGCGCUACACAGCAAGAUUUUUGGUGAGAACACUUACUACUACUAUGGGAUCUCUCCACUUGUGUCAUCUGGCUGGCGCAGUUUGGGGGUUGAUAAGAUUCCAUAGUGCUCAAAACAGAGGAGAAGAUAUCAUUACCCAGGGCUGAUGAGAUUUUGUAUAACCCAGUAUCGCCGAAGCAGUGUGGAUUCGAAGUCUGUACUCAGUUCUCAGAGAACAUCUAGAACUAGGAUCUUCCAGAGUCGGCGUACAAGUGAGCAGUACAUUUCACGAACGAGGAUGACAGAGCGACCCAAAUCGCCACAGGGACUUGAAGAAAAAGACCCAAGUUCGACAAUUCCUCCUCUUUCUAUGUUAGAACCACCAUCUUCCCCGGGUCGAAGAUUGUUCACUGUGAAGCAAAAACAGCAUGCGUACUUCCUAUUAGAUGAUCCCCUUGUCCACCCCGAGAUGCUCAGCCGGCGAGCAAGUGAAAUCUGUACGCAUUCUAGCAAGGUGGCGAGGAAAGACUUAAAGGAUCAUCGGCGAUCAAGUGACGGUAGCCCCAGAAUUCACGUUGACACAAUAGCGGAGCAUGACAUGGAAAUAAGAGAGUCAAGUAACAGCCCACCGAUGCAGCUAGAACGGGCGAAUUCCGUCCUGUUGGAGGCCAUACGACAUGGAGACAAGUCGACAGUGGAAAAUAUGCUUAGCACUGGAACAAGCGUUAAUGCGACAACUAAAGAUGGCCUUACGGCACUGCACGUCGCGGUCAACAGUUCUGCGGACUCGGUCGUUCGGCUAUUACUAAGCAAAAAAGCCAACAGUCUCGCAACAUCAACGGAUCUACAAACACCUCUUCACUUGGCGUGCACAAAGCCUCCUGGGAACGCCGCUGCUACCGAGAUUAUAAAAGUCUUGAUAAGAUCCUCAGGGAAGGAGUCGAAAAGCAUGACGGACAAGAAUGGGGACACGCCCCUUUUCCUUGCCGUCCAAUCCGGUAACGUCAUUGCUGUCCGAGAGCUUCUGUCCACCGGACAAGCUGAACAGCAGGUGAAGCAAACCAAAUCGAAGAUUGCUGGACACCGACAGGAAAAUGGAGACAAUGUCCUUCACAUGGCGGCCAGAAAAAGGGAACCGGAAGCGGCAAAGCUACUGGUGCAGUGGGGAGCAGAAAUAGACGCCGAGAACGAUGACGGCCAAACGCCGAUGCAUAUCGCGGCGUACGAAGGGGACGAUCUCAUGGUCCGAACAUUACAUGGCAUGCGUGCGAGAGCAGACCUCAAGGAUAUCGAAGACCGCACGCCGUUGCUACUGGCUGCAAUGCGCGGUCAUACUACUGUCGUCGAUUACCUUCUUGAUAAGGCCCGGGCCGACAUUAAUGCACGCUCCAAGGACGGAAACACCUUACUACACUUAGCCUGUUUAGGCGGGCACUCCGAAACAUGUACUUCCAUCAUGAAAAGGGGCGUUCCCCUGCGCAUGCCCAACAAGAAUGGGUCGCUGUGCAUCCACAAUGCUGCGAAAAAAGGUCAUGUGACUGUUGUCAAGGCGUUGCUAGAAAAAGGUGUCCCUAUUGACGCCAAGAACAAGGAAAACAUGACACCUCUUCACAUGGCCAUCACAUUCAAGAGACUCCCUGUGGUGCAAUUAUUGCUGGGGUAUGGGGCCGACAAGGAGAUGAGAGGAGGAAAGGAUUGUGAGCCCGCGAUUCACAUGGCCGCGAGAGUGAAAGGCGGCGAAAAAGCGGCCGACAUUCUAAUUAGAAGUGGAGCCAACCCUGAAACAAAAAAUGAGAGCAACGGCGAGCGCGCACUUCAUGUCGCCGCAAGGAAUGGAAACUUGGAAGUCGUCGAGCUCCUGCUUCAAGAAAACGUGGAGGUGGCGCGAAGAUCACGGAAUGGUGAGACGCCUCUGCACCAGGCUUCCGCUAACGGGUAUUACGAGAUCGCCAAGAUGCUGGUAGAGAAACUGUUCAAGAAUAAGUCAUUCUCUCUAGCGAGACUCAUUAUCAACAUCCCGAAUGACAAAGGCGAGACGGCGUUACACCAGGUUUGUUGCUUAGUAAAGCGAAACAAUAACCGAGAAACAGUCGUCAAAAUAGCAGAACUCCUUCUAGAAAACGGCGCCAUCAUGUCUCUGGAGACCUACCAGCGCAAAGAGAACCCUCUUCACUGGGUGGCAAAGUCUGGUAACCACGAGGUGCUGGAGGCGAUGCUAACAAGCACCGCGGUACCUCUACACAUCAUUCAGUCAGGGAUCAACAGCACAACAGAGAUCGGCGCGUCGCCUCUGAUGCUCGCUGGUCAUCAUGGGAACUUGGAGGUCGUCAAAGUCCUGUUAAAGCAUAACGCUCGAGUUGACGUGUUUGACGAGACGGGCAGCACUGCGCUUCAUCACUCUGCGUCCUUUGGUCACGUGGACAUCGCUAUCGAACUGCUGACUCAUAAGGCGUACGUCAACGGAAGGACCAAGAUCGGUUUGUCUCCAUUGCAUCUUGCGGCUGAGAAGGGCUACACUACGUUCGUCAAGUCUCUCGUCACUAAAUUUAACGCAGUCGUCGAUUCCUUUACCAUGGAUAACCGCACUCCUCUUCACUUUGCCGCUGAGAAAGGUCACGUAGACGUCUGCCGGCUGCUAAUAGACCUCAGGGCAGACCCAGCUAUAGUGGACUCGCAUGGAAUGAUACCUGUCCAUUACGCGGCUUUAUACGACCACGACGAGGCUGUCGAGCUUUUUCAUGACCUGAUACCGGAAUCAAUGACUCAAGUUAACAACCAAGGUAUGACGGCGAUGCUUCUCGCCGCCUCCACUGGUAGCAUCCGGGUCAUCAGAAAACUCGUCAGCAUCAACUUCGCCCAGUGCUUAACCGACAAAACGGUGUUGUCUCGUCCCUUGUUACUAGCAGCACGUAACGGUCACACUGAAGUUGUGGAAUUCUUACUCGAGUCCGGAGCUUCAGCAACACAGGAGGACUCUGAUGGCAUGAGUGUCAUGUUACUCGCCUCCAAGUUCGGUCAGAUCAAGGUAGUCAACAUGCUGUGGGAUAUGGUAUCUAUCGAUAUACCGAGCAGCAAGACUGGUCUGACAGCGGUUCACAUCGCAGCUUUGUACGGUCAGCUGUCUGUUCUACAAGAGGUCCUCUCCAGGGCACCGCAGACAGGCACGUUUAUAAGCCAGAAUCCAAAGGAAAAAGAAGAGGGCAUUGAUCAAGGCUUCACUCCGCUCCACCUCGCAGCUCAGAAUGGAGACCCCGCGAUGAUUCGGCUGCUGAUGAACCACCCAGGGGUGAAGAUGGAUGCGACCACUAAGGAAAUGGAGCGCACGGCUCUUCACUACGCCGCUCUUGGAGGACACAUCGAGGUGGUUAGUACCCUGAUCAGUAAAUCCACGGCGCCACUGCACAUGCGCGACAAGCAUGGCUACACCCCGCUCCACAUGGCGGCGGCGAAUGGGUACAAGGAGCUGGUGGCGCUGCUGAUUGGUCAGGGCUCAGACAUCAACGCUGUCAACGAGGAUGGAAACACCCCCAUACACUUAGCGGCAGAAGCAGGCUGCCUCACGGUCACCAGGCUCCUGACCGAGUACGGCGCGUCGACAGUCUGCGUCAACAACAAAAAGGGUGCGCCCAUUUGCCUGGCCGCGCGUCGCCGUAACCUUGACGUGGUAGAGUUCCUGUUGACCCAACAACUCGAUCAUGAGAAACUGAGCAAAGAUAAGGCGUUCCUUCUCGACCUGGUGAUCUGUGCUCGUAAGGUUGAUCAGAAACCGCUGAAGACGUUUGUACUGUCGGCUCCCGCGCCGGUCCACGUGUCAUCGCAGCUCGCUCAUUACUUUAGCAAUGAAGCGAACAAAAACAAGGAAUACCUGGAAGCUCUUCGCGAAGCAAGCAUGGUUUGUCAGUCCAUGUCAAAUCACUUGAUCACGGUUUCGUGUGCGGAUAACUCGGAGGUAGUGCUCAACUCUCUGGACGCGCAGAACACUGCUUUCCUAGACUUCCUGAUUACGUGCGACCAGAAGGAAUGCGUGUCGCACAGCAUUGUCCAGCAAUACGUAACCGAGAUCUGGUACGGAGAGCUGAACUGGGCUGACUGGAAAUUCAUCCUUCUCUUCCUGGUCGCGCUUAUUUUCCCGCCACUUUGGGUGUACCUCAGCCUCCCUGUGCUCAAUCGGUACCAGUACAUACCAAUCAUCAAGUUCAUUUGCCAGCUCAUCUCGCAUCUGUACCUGAUCGUGUUACUGGCGUUCACUGUCGUGGUGCCUUGGGAACAGUCCGCUGCGAAUCUGCUGCCGAGAUUCUACGAGUGGAUGCUUGUUGUGUGGAUAUCAGGUAUUUUCCUAUCGGAGCUGACGGCUGGUCGCGAGCGCAAGGGGUUGAACUGGAUCCCUGUCCUGGUGGUGUUUCUGAGUCUGAUAGGGAUCGCUUGCCACAUCAUCGCUGUCUUCUUGGACGACAUGGAUAGGGUCACCCUAAUAUUCGCACGUAACCAGAUCCUUGCGCUAGCCAUGGUUCUGUGCGUGGUCCAGCUCCUGGAGUUUCUGUCAAUUCAUCAGCUGUUCGGACCGUGGGGCGUGAUCAUCGGCCAUCUUGUCGUCGACGUCUUGCGCUUCCUCGUCAUCAUGCUCCUCUUUAUCGUCGGCUUUGCGCUGCAACUUGCGGCCGUCUACAAACCUAUCGACCGUGAGGAGAACGGUUAUCAUAUCAAGACCAUUAAUCAAGGCUUCGUGCACAUCUGCGAGCUCUUGUUCUUCGCGCUCUUCGGAUUAACGAACCAAUCAGACAACCUCGCCACCGGGAGUGGGUACCCGUCAGGCGCCCACCAGAUCGCCAAGGCCGUCUUCGGCGUGUACAACGUGCUCUGCAUGAUCAUCCUCAUCAACCUGCUCAUUGCCAUGAUGAGUGACACGUACCAACGGCUGCAGGAGAAGUCGGACGUGGAGUGGAAAUACGGACGGGCCAAGCUGAUCCGGUCCAUGGAGCUACAAGUGUCCCAGCCGCCGCCGAUUAACCUUUUUACCCACAUUGUCCACCUAGCGAGGGUCAUCUACAAGGUUCGCUGUAACUGCUGCAGGACAAACAUUAUCAACCUGAUGCGGGACAACCAACAAAAGCACAGCGCCAAGCGGCGUCGCGCGUCACGCAAGAGCAAGGUCGACACCGAGUUGCUACAGCUUCGCCUUGAAAGCGGCAGGGCGGGUAAUUCGUCUGAUAACCGCAUCUACAGCGUGGUCGACUGGCCUCAGAUGGUCGACAAAUACUUGGAUAUCACGGGUGAAAAGGCGAUUAGCAAAAAGAAAAAUAUAACCAUGGCGAAGAAUGCGUUAGGUGCACCAAUGGGAGGUCCUAAAGACGAAAAGCUCGACUUUCAACAAACUAUUGGCCUCGCUUCCCAAAAGAUCAGUAUCGUAAAUAAGCUCAGAGUAUGAUAAUUAUUUGGUUCUUGUGUAACUCGUACAUGCAGACUCGCAAAUACUCAGGCACAAAAUACCCACCAGUCUUUGCAAUGCUUUGGUUCAUCACCAUACCCAUGAUGCUUAGCGUCCUGGUUUUACCCAUAAUCCGUAGAAAAAAAAUCCAAUAAUACCCAUAGCGGGUAUUAUUUUUUAAGUAAGUUGCUCUAGCUCAGCAUGCAAAGGAUCAUGGGCAAGUGAUCGAGCUUUAAUCAGCAGUUUUUAUAUCAAGCGCAAUGGUUGCAAUACAGCUUCUUUUUUUAAUAAUUCGUCAAAUUCAUCACGCACAUAAUUCUUUAAACACCAGCAUAAGUAGUAUGCUUAAAGUCGCUAUUAGGUACGCAUCCUUUGUGAGACUUUUUGACAGUGAAUAAGGGACUGCCAAGUAUUAAGAAUCAUUGCUUGAAAUGAUUUUUUAAGUCGUUAAACACCUGAGAAUAAUCAAAAUUUCGAUUGGCCACAAAUUUAGAGUUUGAGCUAGAAUACAAAGUUCCAUUAUAGUUAUCGAAAAAUAAACACCAAAUGAAAACAAAUAUAUAUGUAACCAACAAAGCAGCAGUAAACCAGAGUUUACACAAACCUUUCACAUUGAACAACACAACACGAUAUCAUCAAGAGCGAGCGUGGCAAGCGAGGCGAGAAAUAUUGCAUUUACUAAAAUAGAGAACCUACUUUGUUAUUUCAACAAUCUCAAUAAAAUGAGCUUUAAAAGGGGCUAGAACGGAAAAAGUUCUAGUAAUAUUAUAUCCCUUAACGUAUUCUAUUCGUCUCAGACUGCUCUAUUCGUCCCAGAUUGCUCUAUUCGUCUCAAUCGUGCUCUAUUCGUGCUAGAUGUCUUUCAGCCUCGCUGUCACGGGGCUAUUCAGUCAGCUAUGCAAUUAACAAACUUCACUAAACCUUCCGUAACGCCGUGGCUGCGUAUUAUAAACAAAUCAUUUAUGUAUGAUAUAAUUUAAAUAAAGUAUGUUAAGCUAAGUUCAAACGACGUAUUAACCAUGAGCAGUAAAUGCAGGAAUGAAUCGAGUCGAUUGUUUUAUCUUCAUUUGAGUGCAUUUGCAUUGAAUACGGCUCAUGAAUAAUACGACGUUAGCCUUAAGACCGACUAUGUGACAUCUGACGUGGAGGUAGCUGGUUUUAUUUUGAUUUGAUUUUUCUUUAAAGAUUCUGGCCUGCUUUAUUUUCUUUUUUCUUUUAGCUACCGACGUCUUAGAUUUAAAAUGGUCGGUCUUAGGCUACCAUAUAUCACAAUAAAAGACGUUCAUAUGCAUUCACAAAACUCGUAUAAUAUUUGAAUAAAUCAUCCAGCAUUU